AUGGCUGCCAAGACCAAUGAAGAAGCCAUUGAAGAAGUGCCUGUCCUCAUCGUCGGAGGCUCUCUAGUCGGCCUGACGUUGGCAGCUCUACUAGCUAAAUAUGGCAUCAAGUGUAUGGUUGUCGAAAAGCACUCGUCGACUGCCAUACACCCCAGAGCUACGGUCAUGAUGCCUCGAACAAUGCAGGCAUUCAAAGAAUUGGGACUUUACGAAAUCAUGAAAGAAGAAAGCCUGAAGUACUACGAUGAAAGAACCUGCAUCAUCACCACUGAAAGCCUGGCUGGGAAACUUCUGCACAAGUGGUUGGAGGAUGUGAACGAGGGUAUCGAAAACGUCUCAGCAACCCGCCGAGUCUUCCUAACGCAACAAGCCCUCGAACCACUCCUACGCUCCAAAGCAAAAGCACUGGGAGCAUCGCUCCACUUCUCAACGGAAGUGGUCUCCCUCACGCAAGACUCCAAUUCCGUCACGGCAACUCUCAGAAACAGGGAUUCAGACACGACCUACCAGAUCCGCAGCAAAUAUCUCAUAGGCGCAGACGGCUUUCGCUCAACGACCCGCUCCCUCCUGGGUAUCCAAACUCAGGGCCCCGGCCUCUUGAGCAGAGCGUUGACGAUCUAUUUCGAGAUCCUCGACAAAGAGAAGCUAGCCAAACUGGCCAAUGCACACUACAGUGGCGUCAUCUACGUGGCCAACGAAGUUGUUCGAUGUUUCUUCCGUUUUGACCGAGACAAGAAAGAGUCCUUCCUCGUGAUCAACAGUGCUGGAGAGCAGGGGUCUGAGGAAAGUAGGUUCCCGGCAGAUACGGCGAGUAUGGAGAAGGCGAAUGAGUAUUUGAGGGCGGCGAUUGGAGAUGAGACUAUCGAGUUCAAGAUCCAUCAGUUGACGACUUGGGAGGCUAUUGCUGAUAUGCCGGAGAGGUUGAGGGAGGGAAGGGUGCUUCUUGCGGGAGAUGCUGCCCAUAGGAUGCCGCCAUCUGGCGGUUUUGGCGGCAACACAGGAGUCCAAGACGCCCAUAAUCUCGCCUGGAAACUCGCAUACGUCCUCAAGGGGAAAGCAGGCCCUGAACUGCUCGAGACGUACGAAGAAGAGCGAUAUCCAGUGGCAAAGCAUACCGUCGAGAACGCCUUAGCUCACUACGUCCACCGCACAGAGCCCAUCCUAUCUCACCUCGUCGAUGAGUUCAAUGUCAAGGAGAGUCCCGUCGAGCACUUGGAACUAGCGUAUCGAUACCACUCCAAAGCGCUCUUCACAAACGGCCCUCUAGACGCAUCGAAUAUAACCGAAGAUCCAGCGACUUCAAUCGCCGCUCCAGGCAGUGUCGCUCACCACGUCCUGGUAAAUACGUUCGACGGACAGAAGAAUAUUGCCAUCUCCGAAUUCUUUGGAGAAAGCUUCGUGUUAUUCGUUGGUCCCAAAGGGGGACCUUGGAUCGACGGCAUGAAGACGUUAGGGAAAUGUUUCAAGACUGUGCAAUUGGCAUUCAAUAGUGACAAUGCCUUUGCUAGGCGAUAUGAUGUCUUGGAAGACGGAGCGGUGCUGGUGAGACCUGAUGGGUUCGUGGCGUGGUCCUGUCGUUCUGUCGUUGGCGAGAGAGUACAAGACGCUGGAGCGCUAUUGGAGCAGACCAAGAAGCAGGUUCUUUGUUUGUAA